UCAAGUGAACGACUCCAUCGCACACGUCGGACACCAUGACGCUGUAAAUAUGGUCACUGUCUUUGACAACUGGCUAUCUAGGAGUCGAAGUCAUACUCGGUGGCUGAGCGCUUUGGAUGCCAUCGUUGCUAUUGGCCCUUUUCUCGUCGGUCCCGUCCUUACAAAAACCUGGCUAAAAUUGGGAGCAUGACCGUUGGGCUGUAUGGUUGCGUCUCUCUUCCGCUACAUCUUCCUCCAGGUCAACAGUUUGCUUCCAUUUAGACUUGAUACUACAACUGGAUUUCAUCAUCUCUCGAACGAGCCCUCGUUUCACGACGAAUAUGGAUUGCGAAACAGAUGGGGUGGUCUCCAACCGCCUGUGCAGGAACUGUGCCCGGAUUGUUGGCAAGUCCGAAAUCAUUCGGUUUGUUAUCGCCGCCCACUUCGACCAGUUUUUUAGCCUGAGCGGCAGGACACGUCCGCCAGAGAAAGAAAUCUUCUUUCACAGCCCAACGGUCGAGACUAUCAUGUCGUCAAUUGCCUCUGGUUGUCAUCUUUGCUCCAUCAUUUCCUGGAACGGGGACAAGUAUUUCUGGCACAAGGACCAGAGCGGGACUGCCUCAGCGCUUGAGCACUCGAGUGGUAUCAUUCAAGUAUCCGUGACCGAAGGAUGGACAAGCUUCGGGGAGACGACCAUGAGCUUCGACAUCCUGACGGACAUGCAGACAUCCGCAAGUCAAAUGGAAAAUACCGAUCAGAUGGACUCUGUUCUCAAUGACCGAUUCCGUGGAUUGCAAGGAUGGGAGCGCUGGAAAGACGGAAGAUCUCUAGGUGUGAUCUCCUUGCGAAACGACUAUGGUACACCCAUGACGCCCCAUUAUGCGGUACUGCUGAGAUGUUUCCGGCUCAGUCUUACCGUAAGCGGUGGCUAACAACGCGGUGCAGGCCUUAUGUUUCCACCGUCGACAUCGGGCUCUGGUCCCCAGCUCCCUAUCUCGACCGGCUCGCCAGAGUCGGUUGCGACACUUCGAUAUUGGUUAAACGAAUGCCUACAAAACCAUCCCGAAUGUCAAUCUCUUUUCAA